GCAAAUACCAGGAAAAUCUGAAUUACUUGGUAAAACAUCACCUAAUUUCAAUUUCCAGUAAAUAUUUUAUUUCUCAUGUUUUAAUAAUCUUAGUUUCAUAUUAAUGUUCUUUGUUUGUUAUUGCUAACUUGUUAACGGUCUCUGGUCCGGAGCUUCUUUUGCACUUGAAUGCCACUCAAGUACCACGGCCGUACGUGAUGACGUAGAACUUUCAAUCAACAGGACGCACGUACGUUCGGCAACUCGGUGCGCCAGGAACCGUGCGUGUUGACGUUGCACGUUUUGUCAACAGGACGCACGUACUAAGAGCCAGUGCUCAAAUGCUAGGUGCUGGCUAAGCGGCUACUUUCCAAAGCGCUGCAUUGCCUCCUGUUGUUGUUACCCGAGGGGACUGCGACCAGAAAUACGAGUAAAGUUGGUCAGGAGACCGUUAACAUUCUCUGGAGCGUUUGUGCGUCAGUGUCGGGCCCUAGCAAUGGCUCUGCAAGGCCCGGAGGAGCUGGGGGAGCAGGUCGAGGAGCCGGAGGACCUGGACGACCAGGACGCUAGUAGCAUCUCCCCGGCCGAGGAGAUAACGUUGCCCCCCGGGCCCGGAGGCGACGAGGAGCCGGAAGAGGCUCUCCUGCUGCCUUGGGAUCGUUUCUCUGCCUGGCUGCACUGCAUCUGUGUGGUCGGCUUCGACCUGGAGCUCGGGCAGGCGGUGGAGGUCAUUUAUCCCCAUCAUUCCAAACUGUCGGAGAAAGAGAAAACGAGCAUCUGCUACCUUUCUUUUCCAGACUCCAAUUCAGGUUGCCUUGGCGACACGCAGUUCUGCUUCCGCUUCCGCCAGGGAUCCAACAGGAAGUCGUCGCUCGGCUGCUUCCUGGAAACGACCGACAGAGACGCACCGCCUUGUCUGAAGCGGGAACAGGGCCAUUACUAUGGUUACGUGUACUUCCGUCAGGUGCGAGAUAAAUCGCUGAAGAGAGGAUACUUCCAGAAGUCUCUGGUCCUGAUCAGUAAACUGCCCUUUGUGACCUUCUUCCACUCGCUGUUGAAGAUCAUGGCUCCAGAAUACUUUGAGAAGCAGGAGCCCUGUCUGGAGGCAGCUUGCAAUGACAUUGACCGCUGGCCGACGCCUCAUCCUGGACGGAUCCUCACGCUGCCAAUCAUGGGCGUGGUCAUCAAGGUUCGCAUCCCGACCUGUUACGACAAACCAGGAACUUCGCAGCUGGUCCAGUCGGCCCAGAGUGACAGUCUGGUGUCCAUUGUGCUUCCAACCAUCCACGAAGUCGACCUCUUCAGGUGUUUCUACCCGGUCUUCUUCCACAUCCAGAUGCUCUGGGAGUUGGUGUUGCUCGGGGAGGCGCUCGUCGUCAUGGCGCCGUCGCCAGCGGAGUCCUCGGAUACCGUGCUGGCGUUGGUCAGCUGUAUCUCGCCUCUGCGUUACUGCAGCGACUUCCGGCCGUACUUCACCAUCCACGACAGCGAGUUUAAGGAGUACACCACCAGGACACAGGCACCGCCGUCAGUCAUUCUGGGAGUGACCAAUCCCUUCUUCGCAAAAACUCUGCAGCACUGGCCGCACAUCAUCCGCAUCGGAGACAUGAAGCAAGCAGGAGAGAUGGCCAAGCAGAUGAAAGUCAAGAAACUGAAAAACCUCAAAACCCUGGACUCUAAACCUGGUGUUUAUACAGCAUAUAAACCGUAUCUCAACAAAGAUGAAGAAAUUCUCAAACAGCUACAGAAGGGUGUUCAACAGAAAAGACCCUCGCCUGCGCAAAACGCAAUUCUUCGACGCUACUUCUUGGAACUGACACAAAGCUUCAUCAUUCCACUGGAGCGGUAUGUAGCCAGUCUGAUGCCUCUCCAGAAGUCCAUCAGUCCCUGGAAGAGUCCUCCUCAGCUGCGACCGUUCAUCCAGCAGGACUUCAUGAAGACCCUGGAGAAAGCGGGACCUCAGCUCACGUCCAGACUGAAAGGAGACUGGAUCGGACUCUACAGGCAUUUCCUCAAGUCUCCCAACUUUGACGGCUGGUUCCGCAACAGGAGGAGAGAGAUGACGCAGAAGCUGGAGGCGCUGCAUCUCGAGGCGCUGUGUGAGGAGGAUCUGCUGCAGAGGGUCCAGAAGCACACAGAGGUGGAGACUGUUGACCUGGUUCUGAAGCUGAAAGAUAAACUGACACAGGCGGAGAAGGAGCAGCUCCCGGUGCGUCCAGGGACCGUGUCCAAGCUGAGGGCCCACAUCGAGGCCGUCAUCCUGGCCUUACCCGAGGACCUGCAGGGCAUCCUCCACAAGCCCUCUACGCCCUGACCCGUAACCCUUAUCAGACUGCAACGCUAACCCCAGUUUGAGCUUGUUUUAAAGUUUUGGGGCAGCGGCUUUUGGAUCAGUUCGAGGUCUGCUCGGGUCUUAUCGUGGAAACCGCGCGGCCUCAGCGAGCGGGAGUCGGACUAAGCGGCUCCCCGACGCCUCGGUGAUCACGUGGUUUUAAAAUGAGCUCGAGCUGCAGGACAAACUCUUCUGAAGCAGCGUUCAGAAAAAACGCCAAGGAGACGUAGGCGAAGGAGCGCUCGAUGCGUCGCCAAACGUCCGCCUGGGCCUGUUGCGACCUGGAUUGAGAUGAGCGUAAAGAUAUGACCCUUGCUCUGUCCUUUGACUCCGUCAGCAGUUUUUACCUCUUAGCCUUUUUAAUUUUUAAUUUUUUUAACUCGACAGUCUGGCUGGACGAAUAUUGGAGUUUUUCAUCCAUUUUAAAAACUGAAUCUAAAAAAAAAAAAAAAAAAGUGCACUUCAUUGCUAACUGGACCGGUGUGCCCAUUAUACUAACACACACACAAACACACACACACUUUUAUGCAAACAAACUGGACCGAGCGGAGCCGAGCAGUGCUUUAGAAACAAAUUUUACUAAAACGUUGUCCAUUAAAACGCACACAGAGCAUCAAGCACCAGCGACCCUGUAAUAACUCGUCUCUUUCUGUGUGGAUCCUCAGGAGCCCGUCUCGUCCCUGCAUCCACAUCACAUGACCUCUGUGCAGCCUCAGUCACAACAGUCACAAUGUUUGUGUGUCAUUCUCAAAACUGACUCCAAGUCCUGCCCGUCACUGUCUCGUAAAAAGGUGUUUGCUUGUUUUUUUAGAAACAGUCAAAAGAAAAUUGUAAGACACUAACUUAAACAUUUGUCUUUUUAAUUUACAUUUAAGGAGAAUUAGGAUAUGAUGCGUCACAGUUGUGAGAGAAAACUGUCCCAGACGUGACUUAAAUAGUGAAAUAUCAAAUCAAGAGUCCUCAGCUAAUAGGUCAUUAUUUUAGCGUCUACCCUUGAAUUCAUACUAAUUGAAAAGAAAGUUUCUGUUUUUAUUUCUAGUACUUUAUUUCCUUUCCAGACAGGGAUGGGCUUUUAUUUUGAAACUUGAUGCAAUACUGCUUUUUCACUUCGCAGCAGUUACAGAAGUUUUAAAAAAAACUUCAAUGAAUUAUUGACAGAAAUGCAGUUUUGAAGUUGUUUUUUUUGGGGGGGGCAAAAAUUAGAUUCUAUUUUGUAGGAGCAUGUGUUUCAAAUGGAGUUUGCACUGUUGAACAUCUAUAAAGUUUUACUACUAGAUAAACAUGUUUCAUAUAUGAACACAAGCUGCUCCUUCUCGCCCAGCUGACGUGUUUGUUGACGUCAGCGCUGAACGUUCAGUUAUGUAAAACUGACCGUUGGGUGGUUGAUUUAACGCUGGUGAGAAAUAUGUCUCAUGUGCCGGUAUUUAUUUUUCAGUAUGUCUGAAUGUAAAAAAACAAAACAACAAAAAACAUAUAUGUGGCCGCUUGUUUGCCACAGUAACAGGGUUAACUUUCUAAAUGAGCCUUAAAGACUCCUCACUCUGCUAAAACCGAGGCUUUUGUUUAAGCUGAAUUCUAAUCCUUUAAUCCUGCAGUAGUGGUUUUAUUUUUGUAUUACGUAAUCGAAAUUAUUAAGUAAAGGUGUUUAAGGCCCUUUUCCCUGUCAUUCAGAUGUUCAGAAAUAAAACUUUGCAAAAACAAUAAAUGAACAUGGUGUAACUAUGGAGGCCCAUUUCUGCCAAAACAAAAUAUAUUAUUCCGUAUUUGAUUAAUUAUUUAUCUUAAAUUUUUACUUUAAAUUUUUUGUUAGUUUUUGCUCAAGUUCAUUUAAUAAAUCAAGAUUUGUAUUUUUCAGACAAAUAUUCCCAAUUUCAUGUCAGUUAACUGUAAUUUAAGUUUUUUUUGUUUUGUUUUGUUUUUUUAAUUAGAUAUUUCAGGUUUGCUGUCAGGUUUCCAAAAAAACUUUUAACUAGCCAUCGCCUUAAUUUUUUAUAUCAAAUGUCAUUAUUUACGAGGUUGGAUAUCAGAAAGUUAUGAAUAAUUGAGACUCAACAUUUGACGUUUUCUUCUUCUUUUUAAUUUUAUUUUCCAUUUUUUAUUUUCUUGGCAGAAAUGGGACUCCAUAAAUUAAGGUCAUUGCAAACACCGGCCCCUACGUCAGUUCCACCUUCGCACACCUGCAUCAAAUACCUGCAAAAGUAAACACCAGCGAGUCACAAACUUCAGGAAACUCAAACACUAAAACGAGCCGUACGGGAAUGAGAGCAGCGCUAAAAAACCUGCUGUCUGCGUUUAUUCUGCUGCCUCUUCUAAUUAAAACUGAGCUCUUGUGAUUAUCGAUAUGUAUUGUUAACAACAAAUGAGAGAGAAACCCACACUGCUAGGUCUGCUGACACUGCUGCAUGUUUUAGCUCAUUUAGCCCAUUAACUACAACCAAGUGUGUCCAAGAUAAAAAAAAAAAAAAAUUAAAAAAAUUCAAAUGAAAGGUGAAAAAAAAAUCUGUGCUAUUAUAUAAUAAUUGAGCUCAAAUAUUCUUCCUCUUCAAACCAACUUAAUUUAAAUUCCUAAAUAUUUCUCGCAUACCUAACAAUGUAAAAGCAAUAACAGUUUAACAGGUAGUCUCAUUUAUUAUUCUACAUUUUACCUUCACAGGAUAAAUGACUUGCUUCUAUAAAUAUAGUUUGAGGUUUCUGCACAACCACUUAUCUGAGGUUUUCAUUUUAAAAUAUAAAAUUGUUUGAUGGACUCCUCAAACUCACUGUUCACUUUUGUUGCUGACACUUUUUGAUUUUUGUUUUUCCUUGGUAUUGCUGAAUUGACUCUUUGAGGCUUUUAUUGGCCGCUGACCCACCAAUCAGAGGGCUCCUAACAUGGUGUAUGUCUGGAUAGACAAACAAUUCCAGCAUGUCAAUAAAGCAGAGUCAAAUAGAGAGCGAGAACAGGGAAACGGUUGAAAGCUUGUUGUGGCGUGAUUGAAACAGUGACAGUUUCUCCAAAUCUAAAUUAAAUUUUGAGAAAUGUUUCCACUGGUUUUGGCUGCAUGGCCAGCACCCCUGCCACUGUUGCUCAAAAUACCUUCCUACAAACGUUUAAACAUAACAAUGUUUUUGAAUCUCAGACUGUUAAAAAACAAACAAACAAAAAAAAAAUGGACAACAUGGCAGCCCCUCAAAAGUGACACCAAACCAAGUAGCUCCCCCUUGUGUCUGGCUACAGUAUAAGUAUAAGCUCCACCUCCUCCAUGUGAGUGGAUGGGACUUGGGCCGAGCUGAAACACUAAAAUACACGUCAAACUUCUUUCUUUUUUUAUUUUCUUUUUAAGUGGUCAAUGUAAUACUGAUGUGUGUUCAGGUUUUGUUAUAGUUAUUUGACAUUAUAAAAACAGGAUGAAGACAGGUUGAAGACAGUCGCCUUUGACAGCCGCUCUGCGAAGGCCCUUUCGCCCACAUCUAGAAGUUAUUUGAGACUCCUAGUGCCAGAUAUGCUAAUCGAGUCUAGAGAUAACAUGGAAGCGAGAUAAUCUUACCAGACGUUAUUUCCUCCGUUGCACCCACAACAACAGCAGCAGUUGUAAACAGUUUUUAAGAAUUGCAGUCAAAGCUUGGCUUUUGUUGGUCCGACAUAGAAAAGAGUAACGCGUGCGGUCAGUUGUAAAGACAAAUAUGUACUGGCUGGAAAAACCUGUGACAUCUGGUUGUUGGGCAACCAUGUAAGUUUUAUAUUUGUAAAAAGGCUAUUCUCCUAUUCCACUCUGUUGGGAAUUACGACUGUUGCAAUAACGCUGAAACGAUUGCCCCUAUAUGAUGAUGUACUAUAAUUAUUUUGGUAUUACGACAGCGAGUAAAUACAGAUAUUAAUGAGAAUUAUGCUAUGUAACUUUUAUUUUACUUGAAUAUGUUGUUGAGGCGCACAGGGACAUUUUUUAUUUUUAUUUUUAUUUUAUUUUUUAGGCUUAUUGAUCCUGGAAAUGUCUCAUUAGUGUUGGCAUUAUUUGAAAAUUAUUGCCAUGCAAACAGUCAUAAAGAGGUCAUUAAUGUAGCCUAAUUAAGAGGCCAGCAAAGCCUCUUAAUUAAUUAAUUGAAGAUUUGAUUAACGUAUAACACAGUAUCAAGCUGGAUGUAAAUUGGCUUGUAGCUAAGUCUCUUUGGUCGGCCAGUUGGUAGCAACACUGACGAUAUGAAGCUUUAAACAGACACUUUAAACAGUUUUACUUUUGUUCUUAGACGUCAACCAAUCAAGUCCAUUUUCAUCCCAAGUCAACUGUUAAACCGUCAACAGGGCAACUCGCCAACAAUGUAACUGGUCCCAUUUUUCCACUUUUGUUGCUAGUAGUGUGAACGUGGCUUUAGAGUCAAGAAUACAUGAAGUUUUUGUCAAAUAUAAAUGAAUAUUUAUGGCACAUGAUCUGUGACAUAACCACUAUAUUUAAAAAGGCUUUCAGGACGCCUCACUGAGAUUUAAAAAAUCUUUGCACUGUCUGUAUUAUAUCACUAAUUUUGUCCAAUACCAAUAUUGUUGGUUUGUUUAUGACAGCUGCUAGUUUGUUAGCAUGUGACUGUCUCCUUCAGCUAAUGCUAACAAUACUUAAAAGGCAUUUUUUUCAUCAAAGUGCCAAAUCUCCAAACUUUCAAAAAAACAAAUUCACAAUGUCAACAAAAGCUAAUACAACACAUGAAGCCAUAACCACUACGUUAAAGCACUCUGACAGCCUGAGGGACUCAAAUUUGGAUCAAAGUUUAUCAGACAACACAAUAUUUCUCAAUAUUUCUCUUUUUUUUGUAUUUUCUUUUAAAAACUACAAACAUGUUUGUAACUGUUUUAUGUUAACCGACUUCCUUGACAGUGUUUGCUUCUGCUUCAUACAGUAUUAUAAUAAAAAAAAUAAAAUACGCACCAGC